AUUGCAACAACGUUCGCAAUCACGUAUGAUUAGUGAUAAAAUAUUAAACUCUUCGGCAUAGUAAAUCAACGUAUACCUGUGUGAAGAAAAUUCAACGUUUUUCUGAUGGCCAAUCUUUAUAAGAACUAUUUGAACCUGUUGAAACAAUGGCCAGUGGACACCUCUAAAACUGGCAGGUAAAUAAUAAUCUAGAUUUCUGAUCCAUCAAAAACGAUUUUUUUGUUUUUCUGGUUGAUUUUGAAGACACAUAAUAUGUAUAUUUAUGGCAUAGUGUAAUAACUGAUUACUAACGCUGUUUAUUGGUCAUUUAGGGAUCUUGGUGAACACAUACGUAUACAAGUAGGAGCAGCUUUCAAGAAAGGUGAUUCUUUCCGAGGUGACGUCAGUGACUGUAUAAGAAAGCACGAAUCACUUCAACGUAUAGCCAACAAUUAUUAUUGCAACAAAUAUAAGCGUUCGAUCCAAUCAACAGCGACUGGGCUCACUGCUAACCAAUGUACAGUGGUAUUGUCUAAAGAUUCUUUAGAACUAUUGAAGAAAAAUGACAGUAACAUUAUUACGAACACUUUUCUUAAAAUCAAGAAUAAAAUCAGUCCGCCAGCUAAGCAAACGGCCUCACAAGCCAGUUCUACUGGAGGAAGCAAUUAGUUAUCUAUCGCCGCAAAAAGCCAAAUGCAUCAUAGAUAUGACGUUUGGUGCUGGAGGGCAUACUGAAAGGAUUCUGCAAGAAAACGAUUCAGUAGUUGUUUAUUGUUUAGACAGAGAUCCAACUGCAUGCGCUCUAGCAAAACAACUUUCCGAACGCUAUCCAAACAGGGUUGUACCUUUGAAGGGCAAGUUUAGUGAUUUGCCGUUUCUUUUAAAAACCUUAGGAUGUAAACCAAACAGUUUUGAUGGUAUUCUAUUUGAUUUUGGUGCAUCCUCUAUGCAAUUUGACACGGCGUCUAGAGGCUUUUCAAUUAGUAAAAAUGGCCCUUUAGAUAUGAGAAUGGAUCCCGAAGAACAGACCAUAACAGCAGCAGAUGUCUUGGCUAAAGCUGAUCAAUCAGAUCUGUAUAAAAUAUUCAAAGUUUAUGGAGAAGAGAAACACUCUAGGAAAAUUGCAAAUGCUGUAAUCGAAGCUAGGUAAAUAAAAUAAUUGCCAUUAUUAAAAGUAUCUAAUCUAAAAUUUCUUUUAGGUUUUAAGUUUAUGUUUUUAUAAUUUUAAAAUGUGAUUAUAAUAUUUGUAAGACAUUCAGUUUUAACAAUAUACUAUGCAUAUUUUAGGUAUUUAUUCAAACAUUUGAAAACUACUCGUGAUUUUUGUGAAUUGGUGGAAAACGUAUGUGACAACGAGAGAAGAACUGAUAUGUUACAGAGGCCAACACACCCAGCCACCAAAGUAUUUCAAGCGUUACGCAUAUUUGUCAACAAUGAAUUGAAUGAGAUUAACCAUGGUAUAUUAUUAGCAAACCGUUAUUUGAAAAUGGGCGGUGUCAUGGUGACAGUGGCUUUUCAUUCACUUGAAGACACUAUUGUGAAACGACAUUUGCAAGGUAACAUUGAUGAUAACACAGCCAAUAUUCUUCCCUUAAAGUAUAUUAAUCCGAUGCAAGCUUAUAAUAAAGAGUCUAUGGAUGCGGUCAAAGACAGUUAUUGGUAUCAAAUGCACAAGCAUGUAAUUACUCCAAGUGUUGAAGAAGUUGAAUCAAAUCCCAGAAGCAGAUCAGCGCGACUUAGGGCGGCUGUCAAAAUCAAAUAGAUAAUAUUUUAGAUUGCUUUUAUUUUUAUUCUUAUAAUGUAGAUAGGAUAGUUUUUAUUUUUAAAAUAUUGUAAUCAAGUUAUUUAAAAAAUAAAAUAAAAAUAAAAAUGUUCGUAUGAAAAAUAAUAAAGUUUUUUUUUCAAAAUGAUUUAG